AUGCUACUGCUGAGCUACUCUGAUGGUGAGACACUGAAAUACCUCACCCAGAGGACAUUCUGUGACCCUGCCACCCUCAGCGCUUCCUCCAAACGUUGUUCAACAUGGAGGAUACGGAUCCAGGAGCCAAGGGAGGACGCUGUUUGGGUCCAGGGGCCAGUGGUGAUCCGUGAUGAUGAGUUGCCUCAGGAUUGGUUUCAGUUGGACGAUGAAGCCUUGGGCUCCACAUUGUCCCUUUUGGAAGACUCCUUCCCAAAUACCUUCUUUCUGGUUUCUGAUGGGUGGAAUUACCUCAUUAAAAGCCGUGUGGUUCUGGAGAAUCUCCAGCCUGAGAUGUGGAUAGAGGAAUAUGAGCACACUCUGGAUGACUUCAUCUAUGAUACAAAGCUGAGGGUUCUGACUGUGCACAUGGAUCAGUUCAGUGGACUGCAGGUGCACCUUGGCACCCCAUCUCACCCCACAGAUCAUCUCAUUUUUUUCAUCCGUAAGGAGAAAACUGAGAUUGAUGCGGAGAACUUUGUGCACGUUGUUCAGUUUGGAACCAUCCGGGGAGGUUACCUGGAGAGCCUGCUCAGGCACAUGCUGGGCAUCUAUGCUCCACAGUUCCUGGAAAACCGAAUGUGGCCUGACAGUCUCAAGAACAAUUUUUCAGCACAUCUGCACAAGUUCCUUGCCAGCCUUACAGAUGCUCGUUACAAGCUGGAUGGCCACACAGUACUCUACAUUCCACUUGAGGGCAUGAAUUUGCCACCUGAUCAGGUUGCGCUGGAUAAGGAGCUUGUACAGAGAUUGGAAACUGCUGUUGUUCACUGGACUCGUCAAAUUAAAGAUGUACUAAGUGCACAGGAGGCUGUAGAGACAGGCGAGAUCUCGGGACCACUGGAUGAGAUUGACUUCUGGCGCAACCGGUGUGAUGAUCUGUCGGGGAUUGGUUUCCAACUGGAUAAAGCCGGUGUCAAACACAUCCAGUCUAUCCUUGAACUUUCCAAAUCCUCUUACAUUGGUCCCUUUCUCAAACUAGCCAAGCUUAUCCAGGAUGGACGUUCGCAGGCCCAGUCAAACCUCAGCUUCCUGUCUGUCCUCACGAGUCCCUGUGGGGAGCUGGUGAAGCUGAAAGUCAAAGACAUUCCAGCCAAGCUGCCUCACAUCCUCAACCUCAUCCGGAUCAUCUGGGUUAACUCAAAGUUCUACAACACCCGGGAUCGCAUCACCGCGCUCUUCCGUAAACUGAGUAAUGAAAUAAUUCGUCUGUGCUCUGGAGAGAUCUCAUUGGACAGGAUAUUUGAUGGCCACAUCAACUUGAGUAAGGUCACUCUCCAAGACUGCAUUGAGUGUUGUCAAAACUGGAAAGCCCACUUUGCACGUGCUGCCUUCAUACAUACCAGAUUUUCAAAUGUUCCCUGGAUCUUGGACAACACAAGUGUCUUUGCCCAAGUGGAUGCUUUUAUACAGAGAUGCAGGGACCUGCUUGAGGUGUGUGACUGCCAGGAGUUCUUUGCCCGAUGGGAAGAUGGUGAACAGAUACCUCUGCCCUGUUUUGGGGGACAUCGCGGUCCUGAAAUAACACGGAGUCUCCUCGAGAUUGAAGCCACCUUCGACAAGAUCCUACAAUUGCUAAAAUUAAUGAAGAACGAAAUCCUGGAUGUGAAGAAUACAUUCUGGCACGAUGAGUACAGCAGGUGUCAGCUGAGGCACAGUGGACAGCACUCUCUCACCGCUGAAACUGUCUAUGAAUAUUAUGUAGACCCAAAAACCAAGGUGUGGACCUCCUUUGAGGAAAAGCUGACAAAGUCAUGGCGAUAUCCGAGCAACAUGCCCUUUUAUAAAAUCAUCGUGCCCACAGUGGAUACAGUGCGAUACAACUUUCUGGUGAGCAGCCUGGUAGCCAACCAGUGUCCAGUGCUGCUUGUGGGCCCAGUCGGGACAGGGAAGACCUCUGUUGGUCAGAAUGCACUCCAGACCCUUGACCCCAUGAAAUGGUCGAUACUGACUGUGAACAUGUCUGCUCAGACCACAUCUAAAAAUGUCCAGGAUGUUAUCGAGAGCCGUGUGGAGAAGAGGACGAAGGGAGUAUAUGUUCCAGUUGGUGGGAAAAAGCUCAUCACCUUCAUGGAUGACCUGAACAUGCCAGCCAAAGAUACGUUUGGUUCCCAGCCACCACUGGAGCUUCUCCGCCUGUGGAUAGAUUAUGGCUUUUGGUACGAUAGAGCCAAACAGACUGUGAAACACAUAAAGGACAUGUUUCUAAUGGGAGCCAUGGGUCCCCCUGGUGGAGGAAGAACAGUCAUAUCACCUCGCCUUCAGAGCCGCUUUAAUCUGAUCAACAUGACCUUUCCUGUGACAUCCCAGAUCAAACGUAUUUUCAGUACAUUGAUAAACCAGAAACUGCAGGAUUUCGAUGAGCAAAUGAAGCCAAUUGGUAAUGUGAUUACAGAUGCCACUAUUGAACUUUACAAUGCAAUUGUUCAGAAAUUCCUGCCAACGCCAACCAAGAUCCACUACCUCUUCAAUCUCAGGGAUAUUUCCAAGAUCUUCCAAGGGAUGCUUCGCAUCCACAAGGAUUACCACGACUCAAAAACAAGUAUCUCACGCCUGUGGGUCCAUGAAUGUUUCAGGGUAUUUUCUGAUCGGUUUGUGGAACAUAAGGACAUGGAACUGUUUGUGACCUUGCUGAACGAGAAACUAGGCACUUUCUUGGAUAUGACCUUCCACAGCCUCUGCCCAAAUAAGCAGUCACCCAUCUUUGGUGACUUCAUGCGGGGAGAUGUAUACGAAGACCUAACAAACUUCAAGGCCCUGAAAAUGUACAUGGAGCACCAGCUGAAUGAGUAUAACUCCACUCCUGGGGUGGUGCCGAUGAGCCUUGUCCUCUUCAAAGAUGCUAUCGAACACGUGACGCGGAUUAUCCGUGUGAUUAGUCAGCCACGUGGCAACAUGCUGUUGGUUGGGAUCGGGGGAAGUGGACGGCAGAGCCUAUCUCAGCUGUCUGCCUUCAUCUCUGACUACAAUACCUAUCAAAUCGAAGUUACUAAGGUGUACCGCAAGCUGGAGUUCAGAGAAGAUUUAAAGAAAAUCUACCGUGAAGCUGGAGUUUCAAAUAACCCAACAGUGUUCCUGUUUACGGACACCCAGUUGGUUGAAGAAUCCUUUUUGGAAGAUAUUAAUAACAUCCUGAGUUCUGGAGAAGUUCCAAACCUGUUCAAAGCAGAUGAGUUUGAAGAAAUUAAAAAUGCAUUGUUGGACGCAGCUAAGGAAGAGUCUAUUCCUGAAACCAAUGAAAGUAUCUUCAAUUUUCUCAUGGAAAGGGUUCGUAGUAAUCUUCAUGUCGUGUUGUGCAUGAGUCCAAUUGGAGAUCCCUUCAGGAAUCGUGUACGGCAGUACCCAGCGUUAGUGAACUGCACCACUAUCGACUGGUUUUCCGAAUGGCCGAGGGACGCUCUGCUUGAAGUGGCCGAGCGAUACUUGAUGAGCGUGGAACUUGGAGGAUCGGAGGAGCUACGCAGUAACCUGGCUCACAUCUUUGUGACCAUGCACCGCUCAGUGACAAUGUAUUCUGAGAAAAUGUUGCUGGAACUGCGGAGGCAUAACUAUGUGACCCCAACCAACUAUCUGGAGCUGGUGUCCGGCUACAAAAAGCUCCUGGAGGAGAAACGCAUUGAGCUGAGUACUCAGGCCAACAAGCUGCGGAAUGGACUGUCUAAGAUUGACGAUACCCGUGAUAAGGUGGAGGUGAUGUCCGUCGAGCUGGAGGAAGCCAAAGUGAAAGUGGCUGAGUUCCAAAAGCAAUGUGAGGAGUAUCUGGUGAUCAUUGUGCAGCAGAAACGGGAAGCUGACGAGCAGCAGAAGACUGUAAGCUCCCACAGUGAGAAAAUUUCAGCAGAAGAGAUAAAAUGCAAAAUAAUGGCAGAAGGAGCUCAAAAGGAACUGGAUGAGGCCAUGCCAGCACUGCAGGAGGCAAUGAAGGCCCUGGAGUCCUUGAAUAAGAAGGACAUGACAGAAAUCAAAUCGUACGGCCGCCCGCCUGUCCUCGUUGAGACAGUAAUGCAGGCUGUCAUGAUCCUCCGAGGCUCAGAACCGACAUGGGCUGAGGCCAAGAAGCAGCUGGGUGAGGGCACCUUCAUUAAGCAGCUCAUUAAUUUCGACAAAGACAAUAUUUCUGACAAGGUGCUGAAGAAAAUUGGGACAUACUGUGCACAACCAGACUUCCAGCCAGAAAUUGUCGGUCGUGUAUCUGUGGCAGCAAAAUCCCUCUGUAUGUGGGUCCUGGCCAUGGAGCUGUAUGGCAGAUUGUAUCGUGUGGUAGAACCCAAGCGAAUUCGGCUCAGGGAUGCUAUGGCACAGCUUGCAGAGAAACAGGCAUUGCUCGCUGACGCACAGGCGAAGUUAAGAGAGGUGGCUGAGAAGCUGGAUACGCUGAAGAAACAAUAUGAUGAAAAGCUGGCUCAAAAAGAAGAACUGCGGAAAAGAUCAGAGGAGAUGGAGAUCAAAAUGGAUCGUGCAGAUAAGCUGCUAUCCGGUCUAGCCGCAGAGAAAGUACGCUGGGAACAGACAGUCAAGUCCAGUAGAACACCGGAACCUCCAUUUGUUGUCUUGGUAAGACCACACCUGAACUAUUACAUCCAGUUUCAGUGUCCCCACCUAAGAAAGGAAUUACUUGCCAUCGAGAGAGUGCACUGGAGAUUUGCUCGACUGAUACUGGAGAUGCACCAGGAAACUGAAUCAUCCAGUCAGCUCUCUGUCUGUUUGUCCACCUCAAUUAACUUCAGCCAGGCAAAAGGAUCCUCACUGCUGCAUUCAACAGGAUCACAGAGUGGGCUUUAA